CAAGGCAGCUCUGAUACCACCAAGGACAAUGCGCUUUUCUUCCUAAUCCAAUAACUACUUUCUAUCUAUGAUACUCUUAUGCAAACUCCUCCCCUCCGCACCACUUCGUAUAAAACACCAAAACUUAUGUAACUUGGCAACUAAUCUUCAGUAAUCUUAAGGAAGGCAUUUAAAUCCAAACAAUAAGGCUGUUUUUGUGAGGGCGGCGGAACAGCGGAAAAAAACCAAAAAGAAGGGCGAAGGGCGGGAAGGGGGGUGGAGGGGAGAGAGAAGGAAGGCAAAGUGCAGGCCGGGCUCCCCCGGCCGCCAAUGCAAAGUUCGCUGCAUGCCGGCCACGACGCGUCGUGCUGCUUUCCUUCCAGCCACAACCGUCCUGGCGGCGGGCAUGGCCGCCUGAACCCCCGGCAGGGAAGAAGAAGAAGCGGCUCCUGCUGUUCCCCCCCCACCCCCACCCCUCGGUCCCGCCUCAGCCACGAUGAGGACCUCUUCUCUCUUCGCCGCCCACGGCCUCGCCUUCGCUUGGUACGUCUUCCUGGUCUAUUCCAUCAGCCACAUCGCGAGGAAAGGAGAAGAGAAGAAGCCGCCGGCGGUCUUGCCCUUCGGCGGGCCGUGGAAGUUCCUGACGGUGCUCAACCUGGUUUUGCAGGCCAUUUUCUAUGGGGUCACCUUGCUUGUUGAAGCGUUUGUACUAAUGAAGAAACAACGAAUUGCUAAGUCCAUGUUUCCCUUCAGAGAUUUACUCUUUGGUGCCCUGGCUUUUCCUAUAUCUACGUUUGUGUUUACAAGCUUUUGGAUAUUAUACACUUACGAUCGGCAGCUGGUUUACCCCAAAAACCUUGAUUUGGUCAUCCCUGAAUGGAUGAAUCAUGCAAUGCACACUGCUAUAUUUCCACUGGCCCUGCUGGAACUUUUUACUACCCCUCGACGUUACCCAUCAAAGGGUAAAGGUUUCAGCUUGUUGGGAAUUGCUGGUUUUGCUUAUACCUCUUGGGUCCUGUGGAUUUACUCUGUAACUGGGAAGUGGGUAUACCCUGUCUUUGAGGUUCUAAGCCCUCUUGGCAGAGUAGCCUUUUUCUCUAUAGGUUUUCUCAUCAUGUUCUUUAUCUAUAACGUGGGAGAAUUUCUCUGCCGCAUGAUUUGGGGUGACUCUAUAGUAAUACUUGACAUUUACAAAAAGAAGAGUAAAUGAAACAUUGAUGUUGCAGAAAGACCUAGAGGAAUGAUGAAAUCAAUGAAUACAAAUUAUGAACCAUUGAAGACAAGUGAGAAGCUCUCUCUGUGUGAAUCCUUCUCUCAUCCUUUUGUUUUUUAGUGUCUUCCAAGAAUGCUGAGAUUACAAAUAAAAUAAAAUAAAUUGUAUCGGGGCUGGGGAAUCAGGCUGGACAAAACACUCUUCUAUGGAUUUCAGAAAGGUCAGGAUGGAUCCCCAAGCACAUCAAGCCACAUGCCAGGCCUACUGAAAUUGCUCAGGCACCCAGCAUGUGCCAGUGUAUGCACUGGUUUGGGUGUGGGUGUAUGAAUCUACCUAAUCUGCACUGGGAGAGCUGCAAUAGUUUUAGCAGCCUUGGAUGUUCAUGCAUAUGUAUCACACUGCUAUGGAAAUGAAAGUUCCCACAAGGACACACAAAGCUAGAGGCUUGCUGUACCCAACCUGAUGCAGAUUAUACCAUUCCCCCCCUCUCCUGAAGGGCAAUCUGGGGCAGGAUUUAUACCAGGAGGCCCUUUGUAGGCCUGAAGGGAUUUCAGCUCUGGUGAUAUGACUGCAUCAGUGUGUGCCAGACCUAGAGGCCUCUAGGUAGGAAAGGCCCAGAAGCCCUUGUGGAGUUGACAAGGAUUCUGGUCGCCAUGCUGAGAUAAAAUGAAAAGUAACAUUGAUUCUUCCCCUCCAACUAUGCAGCCUCUUUGCCUAAUUGUACUCAACAGCCUUAGUGCUUUUAUAGCUAAUACUCACAGAUAUGAUCUGUAUAACUCCUGAAAUAAAGAUUAACAAAGGAGAUAUCUGGUUUGAUAAAACAGUGAAUUCAAAUCUACAAUUAUGUUGCCCUGACACGGGGUUCCCAAUGAAUCUUUUUGUGUUAGAUCAUGGUGGAUAACAUGGGGGAGAAAUGAAUGAUGGCAUUCUUUUAGGUGGUCAAAGGUGGCGGGAGGCAGUAGUUAAUAUAUAAGAUAAAUGCACCAAGCAUCCUGUUUUUAACUAAUGCCCAGAGCCAUGUUAACCCAUGUCUUGUGCCCCUAGGCUUUCAGGUACUUUGCCCCUCUGCCACCCCUGGCACUUUAGGCUUUCAUCCCACUGCAGCUGACAGCCCUAAGGCACCUCAGGAAAAAAAACUGAGGGGCCCCUUAGUCCCUGUGGGACCCCCAGGUUUCAACCUAGUCACCCUUAUGAAGAAUACAGCCUUGCUCAUGUCAUGGGAGAAGUCUUCACUAAAUUCAAAGUGACUCCAGCAUGAGGCUUCUUGACAUAUUAAUAUGUGUAUUUUGGAAAGACAUGGUUUUCAUGCUAAGGUUUCAGAUAUGGUAAUCCCAGUUUUAAAUAAUGUAAUUAUGACAGCUCCAUUAACAGACUGACAAAGUGUACAAUUUACAGUGCUAUUUAACAUACAUUUAUCUGCCAUAUUUUACAUUAAUUUACUAAUCUAACUAGCUAGUAUCUAUGGUUAUUUUUGGUGUCUCAUUAAGCCUUAGAGCCCAGGAACAUUUCUAAAAAGACGAAUAAAGAAUUAACACGA